CAUAUUGAAUGUGCGCCGUGGAAAAGAGCUGACGGCGAACAUCACGCACAGCUGGGCAGGACUUGGAGUUUCGCUGUCCUUGGUGCUGAAUGGUCUGCCGUUAUCGUCGUUGAACCAAAGGUGUUCCUGACGUCAGAUAAACCGUGGCGCUUCUCGGAGUCGAAUUUCGUCUUUGCUUUAGUGAACAAACUUACAAAUCCCUUCUUCUUUUUGGGUGUCAAGUUGUUUCCUUUUUUGCUCCAAUAAGGGGCAACUGAUUUAAUUGUUUUUUUUUUAAAUUGCACAUUUUCUUUUUUUCUGCUCAGAUAAUCAGUUCAAUCUCAAUAGGAUGGCACUGUACUCGUUUACUGCGCGCGAGGUGAAGGGAGACUUUAUAAUUCUGAAUGUGCAGUCAGACCACAUCUGAUUUCUCGCAUAUGUAGGCGUUUUUACAGCUCGCUCCGUACAUUCUAGCAGUAACUCGUUGAUCAUUAUCUUUCGACUAAAAUAUUUACCGAGUCUCUAUUUCAGCAGUAUGUUCUGUAAUCUUAAACCAUAAUAUGAUACUUUAACAUUAGUAAAAAUCGACUGGAGCAUCGUCUUUGGAAAUGGAUACCGUGAAGGACCGAGUUUUUGCCCCCAGCAAGGAAGGGCUGAAGAAUUUUGCUGGGAAGGCGUUGGGGCAAGUGUACAGGGUUAUGGAGAAGAAACAGAAAACUGGAGAGGUGAUCGAGUUGACCGAAGAUGGGCGACCUUCGGAGACCAAAGAGAAGAAAGCCCCGCUGUGCGAUUGCACGUGCUUUGGGCUGCCCCGCCGCUACAUCAUCGCCAUCAUGAGUGGCCUCGGGUUCUGCAUCUCCUUCGGAAUUCGCUGCAACCUGGGCGUGGCCAUAGUGGGCAUGGUCAACAACAGCACUUACCACCAAGGCGGCAAAAUAAUCAUCAAAGAGAAAGCAAAGUUUAACUGGGACCCGGAAACAGUGGGAAUGAUCCAUGGCUCGUUUUUCUGGGGAUACAUCGUCACACAGAUCCCGGGAGGUUAUAUAUCCUCGAGGCUGGCUGCCAACAGGGUUUUCGGCGCAGCUAUUCUUCUCACCUCAACGCUCAAUAUGCUCAUCCCCUCGGCUGCACGUGUGCACUACGGUUGUGUGAUGUUUGUAAGAAUAUUGCAAGGUCUUGUGGAGGGAGUGACCUACCCAGCAUGCCAUGGGAUCUGGAGCAAAUGGGCCCCUCCUCUGGAGAGGAGUCGCCUAGCCACCACCUCCUUCUGUGGUUCCUAUGCUGGUGCGGUAAUUGCCAUGCCUCUGGCUGGGAUUUUGGUGCAAUAUUCUGGAUGGUCCUCUGUCUUCUAUUUGUAUGGGUCUUUUGGAAUGAUCUGGUAUAUGUUUUGGAUCCUGGUUUCAUAUGAGAGUCCCGCUGUGCACCCCACUAUCACUGAUGAGGAGCGUACCUACAUCGAGGAGAGUAUUGGGGAGAGUGCCAAGCUACUGGGCCCUGCAGAAAAAUAUAAGACCCCAUGGAAGAAGUUCUUCACUUCUAUGCCUGUCUAUGCAAUCAUCGUGGCCAACUUCUGCAGGAGCUGGACCUUCUAUCUUCUGCUCAUCAGCCAGCCCGCCUACUUUGAGGAGGUCUUUGGGUUUGAGAUUAGCAAGGUCGGCAUGCUGUCUGCCCUACCCCAUCUGGUCAUGACCAUCAUUGUCCCCAUCGGAGGCCAGAUUGCUGACUUCCUGCGGACCAAGAACAUCAUGUCAACCACCAUGGUCAGGAAGAUCAUGAAUUGUGGAGGGUUUGGGAUGGAGGCCACGCUGCUCCUGGUGGUAGGGUACUCCCACAGUAAAGGCAUGGCCAUCUCGUUUCUCGUCCUCGCUGUGGGCUUCAGUGGUUUUGCCAUAUCAGGUUUCAAUGUUAACCACCUGGACAUAGCACCUCGGUAUGCCAGCAUCCUCAUGGGCAUCUCCAAUGGUGUGGGCACCCUCUCUGGCAUGGUGUGCCCACUAAUUGUUGGCGCCAUGACAAAACAUAAGACUCGGGAGGAAUGGCAGUAUGUGUUCCUGAUCGCCGCCCUGGUGCAUUAUGGGGGCGUGAUCUUCUACGGGAUCUUUGCCUCAGGGGAGAAACAGCCAUGGGCGGAUCCUGAGGUGACCAGUGAGGAGAAGUGUGGCUUCAUUGAUGAGGACGAGCUGGCUGAAGAAACAGGUGACAUCACCCAGAGCUAUGGGGCCCUUGGUGGUCCCGCCAAGACCUAUGGGGCCACCACCCAGCUUAAUGGAGGCUGGCCCAAUGGCUGGGAGAAGAAGGAGGAAUACGUACAGGAGGGAGCAGAGCAAAGCAGCUACAGCUACAAGCAGGAGGAGGACUACUCAUAGACCAGUUACAUAUACAUAGUAGAUCUAUUUUGUAGUGUUUGUGAGUUCAGAAAAAAAGGAAAAAAAAUCCAUUGUGGUAUGUUUGCACAAAUUGAAUCUUAAGUCAAAAAAUUAUAACCUUCAAAAAGUAAUGUAUAACUUUAAAUAGAACAGAGGUAACAUAUCAGACUGGCAAGUUGUACAUGUAAAAAUGGAAUAUUCAUUUGGAGUGCAAUCUUAUAUAUGACAUUGUGACAUAUUUCUCAUCUCACCAAUCCAGCUUCUUCACCUGUAGAUUAUUGUAGGCUAGGUUUAAAGUUCAUUAGUUCUCUAACCCCCUGAGAUGGUAUUGGGACUAAAGCCUCCACAUGAGCCAGAUACUGUGGUAUAAAAGAAUAUAUGGUUUAGUCGACUAUCAUAGUUUCAUACCUGAACCAAAACAUUUGACUUGUUAUUUCAUGCAUAGAUGGAGAGGUAUUCCCAUCAUUUUUAAUGCAGUGAGCAAGUUAAUUUCUUAUUCAUGUGUUUUUACAAAUUCAUAUGAUAUAUAUAUAUGCGUAUAUAUAUACUGUUUCUGUGAGACUAUCAUGGACUUUAGGUCAUUGAUCUAUAAGAGCACAUUGAUUUUUUAAAAGGCCAUAUUCUUCAGACAGGGCUGUUUCAGGGUUCUGUCUGCUGAAGCACAUCUAGCGCUCAGGCAGAGCUGUGGUCAAGGGGGACAUCGGAGUAACAUUCGGGAGAGCGGUUUGUUGACAAAACCGUCUGCGACCCAGAAUGGACCAUUCCUUUCUUUCUUUACUGAUAUUCGUGAUGCUGAACAUUUGCGUGUCUUUGGAGGCCUCAAGUAAUGUCAUUCAAUUUUGACUUUCCGUGAAUGAUAAUAAUGCAUGGUCGGACAUUUGUUAUUCUUCUCUUUGUUUGGAGCUGUUACUAGUGUCUAUUUCAGUGCACAGUUAACCAAAGGCAACAUCAAGAGCCGGAUUUGUAGGGGGACCACACAAGGAAUCAAGUAAGCUUUGGCCCAGGAGCCCCAAGGGCCUUCCUGACCGAGCAAAUGCAUUCGGUGUACAAAGCAAUAAAUCCAUGGUAACAGUUGCCGUCAUUCCAUUGAAAAAAAAAUGUAUGUAAUACUAAUGUAUCUGUAGGUGUUUUUUGAGUCGUGUUAUGAUUGAAACAAAAAUACAAAAGAAAACGUUUAAAAAAACAUUUAAAAAUCGCUAGGGCCAGACAUAAGCCUAUUUGACAAGCUGAUGACGCAGGGAACACAGGGGAAUCGUUUCCAGACCAGAAUUUCUGAACUACGUGGUUUUUGUUUUAUUUUUCCUUGAUGUCCAAUCAUCUGUUAGUAUUCUGUAUUUUCCCAGUGGUCCUUCUGGAGGAUGUACUACUGUUCUGUUUUGAUACCCUCCUUUGUUUGGGAUUUGACUGAAAUGUGUCGUGUUUGUGGUUGGAGUGUCUAUUCCCCUCCCUUCCAUCCUACCCUGCACUGACCCCCCCCUCCACUGUUGCAAUAUAUACUGACGUAAGGAUUGUCUACAAAGGUGUUUAAAUGUACAAAAAAUUGACAGAUGUAUAACAUGACUUAAAGGUACCAUUCCUGCUUUGUGCCUCAGAGUAAAGUAAAAGUGUGGUUUUAUGGCUUCUUUUGCUGUGUUCAGUGGAGAGGUUUGUUGAUGUCAAAAAGUGUUAAUAAAAUACUCCAUAUAUCCUUUUAUAAAAAAGAUAAAA